AUGAUUGCAAAGGAGAUUCUUCAGAAGAAUUGGAAUGACAAAGACAUGAUAGGGUGGUCGUUCUCCAGAAGAAUUGGUCAAUUGUGUGAUGUAAAAGAUCAUACUGUGAACGGAGGUAGCAAUGGUGAUGAUGCUUUGACUAUAAAUCAGUUGCUAUCCAGACUAACAAGGGCAGAAGACAACAUUGAUAAAAAAUUACAGUGGCUGGAGUUCCAGGGCAAUAAGCGCAAGAGACAAGAUGACGAUUGGUUGGAUAAACUAAAGGACCUGAAAAAAAGAGCUAUUGAUGUGAAAAACUCACUGCAUCAGUCUGGGUCGACUAAUGAAUUCCCCGAGCCUUAUGAAUUGGGUGAUGAGUUUGAUGAAUUAUUGCUAAUGAAGCCUUGGAUGUUGCUAGAUGAGCGAGAUGAAAAUAUGGAGAAGAUGUGGGAUCUUCUGGAGCAUGAGGAAGUUUUGAUUAUUGGCAUAGAUGGAAUGGGGGGAGUUGGAAAAACAUUCAUGGCAACUCAUUUCAAGAAUGAGAUUAAAAGAAAGGGGACUUUCAAGGAUGUCUUCUGGGUCACUGUUUCCGAUGAUUUCACCACUUUCAAAUUGCAACAUGACAUUGCAGCAACAAUACAGGUUAAGCUUUACGGAGAUGAGAUGACUAGAGCAACAAUUUUGACGUCAGAGUUGGAGAAAAGAGGAAAAACACUGCUUAUUUUGGAUGAUGUUUGGGAAUAUAUUGAUCUGCAAAAGGUGGGGAUUCCUCUUAAAGUGAAUGGCAUUAAAUUGAUUAUCACAACUCGUUUGAAACAUGUGUGUCUACAGAUGGAUUGCCUACCAAAUAAUAUAAUAAGAAUGCACCCUCUCUCUGGUGAAGAAGCUUGGGAGUUAUUUUUGCUAAAACUUGGACACCGUGGAACACCUGCAAGACUUCCCCCUCAUGUACUAGAGAUUGCAAGAUCUGUUGUAAUGAAAUGUGAUGGUUUACAACUUGGAAUCAGUGUGAUGGCUCGAACCAUGAAAGGGAAAAAUGAGAUCUAUUGGUGGAGACAUGCAUUGAAUAUACUUGACAGAUUGGAGAUGGGAGAAGAGGUCUUAAGCGUACUAAAACGUAGCUAUGACAAUUUAAUUGAAAAGGACAUUCAAAAAUGUUUCUUACGAUCUGCACUGUUUCCUAAUGAGACUAGGAAAGAGGAAUGGGUUAUGAUGGUUGUUGAGAGUGGUGGCACAGUGAGUUUGUUUGUGAUAUUCCAGCAAGCAUAG